AUGUCAUCGCCCGGAGAAGCUGUACCUGGUGUUGUAGAUCCAGUACCUUCGACGCCGUCACCCUUCGCGUACAUUCUGUCGUUUCUAUUGGUUGGCAUCUGCUGGGGUUUCACAACCCCCUUUAUUCGGCGCGCGGCUGUCAGCUACACUGCACCUACACACCCAUCAAUCACUGAUCCAUCUCGGAGUUGGAUCGCCAGACAGGUUGCCAAAGUGUUCUUCACGGUUGUCGGUCUCGUCAGGAAGCCGAGUUAUGCCAUUCCACUGGUUGCCAAUCUGACUGGCAGCAUCUGGUUCUUCUUGCUUGUUGGGCAAGCCGAGCUCUCAUUGACAGUUCCCAUUACCAAUUCAUUGGCAUUCCUUUUCACUGUGCUUGGUGAAUACCUGGCGGAAGGCAAGCUCAUUACUCGAGACACUUGGAUUGGAAUGACGUGUGUUUGUGCUGGCAUAGCACUCUGUGUUGCGUCUAAGCUGUAG